AUGAGGCGGACCGCCGCCGCGUGGGGCGGGUUCACGAUGAAGUACAAGAAGGGCACCGGCCUCUGGGACGAGGACCACGUGAACGACUACAAGGCAAACCGCUACCUCUCCGCCCGGGCCACGAUGCGGUGGUACUACGACAUGGAGCGGCUGCAGACCCGCAACAGCCUCAACGCCCGCCGCGGCACGCAGAGCCACAACAACAACGUGGGCCUGCACCACAGCGGGCGGGGCGCCUUCGAGCGGGAGGUGGAGCGGCGCGGCCUGCAGGUGGAGAAGUACGCGCUGACCACCACGACAGGGGCGAUGCGUGUGGCGGAGCUGACGCUGCUGCGGCGGCUGGAGCUAGAAAAAAGGGCCGAGGCGGCGAUGGCGGAACAGCGCGCGGCGCUGCGGCGGCCAGCGCCGUCGGCGUGGUACGAUGAGGCGAUGGGGCCGCUGAACCCGGAGUUUCUGCGCCGGAUGCAGCCGCACUAUGAGGUGGACAUCACAACCCUGCCGGAGUCCCCGCUCAUGCGUGAGCCGCAGCUGCAGCAGCAACAGCAGGCACAGCAACGGCUUCACCAGGGGUCGGCAUGA